AUGAAAGAAAGCAGAGAUGAAAGAAAAAAAGAUAAAGUGAAAGAACAAAAUGAAGAAAGACAAAAGAAACAAGAAAGACGAAAGGGAAGAACGAAAGAGAAAGAGAAGAAUGAAAGAGAAUGGGAAGAACAAAAAAGAAUUGGAAGAACAAAAGAUAAAGAGAAGAACAAAAGAAAAAGAAAAAAACAAAUGAAAGAGUGA